CACACAACUCUUCACCUGACAGGUCGGACCUUCCGUUCCUUUCUCUAACAUUGUAUUAUUCUUUUUUCCGCUAUUUCCCUUCAUUCAUAUUCAUAUAACCUAUCCGCAAUUUCCAUCCAAGCACUGAAUUCCAUUCUUAUCCAAACGCCUCCUUAUAUAGAGAAACGACACAACGGUACAAAACGUCCAGCCAUCAUAGCUGGUGGAUACCAACAAAGCACUAUUCUCUCCCUCUCUCUCUAUAUUUAUACGCUAUAGGUUUCGGCUUUGUUUAUCGAUUUGAGGUAUUGAAAUGGCUGGGAGCGAGGAGAAGGAGAAGGCGGUGUUCGAUGUGGAUGCAGCCAGUGCUUUGGUGAAUGAGCUGAGAUGCACUUUCGCUUCUGGUAAGACUCGGAGCUAUGAAUGGAGAGUUACUCAGUUGAAAAAUAUGUUAAAGAUGUGUGAUGAGAACGAGAAAGAGAUCGCCGAGGCUCUUCGCCAGGAUCUUUCCAAGCCUGAACUCGAAUCCGUUGUUUAUGAGAUAGGCAUGCUGAAGAACUCGUGCAGAGUGGCGCUUAAAGAAGUGAAACAUUGGAUUGUGCCAGAAAAGGCAAAGACCUCAUUAACCACUUUUCCAUCAUCGGCUGAAAUUUUGUCAGAACCUCUGGGUGUUGUUUUAAUAAUUUCAGCAUGGAAUUAUCCUUUUUUGUUGUCUCUUGAUCCACUUGUUGGAGCUAUUGCAGCUGGUAAUGCUGUGGUAUUAAAACCAUCAGAAAUUGCUCCAGCCUCAUCCUCAUUGCUUUCAAAACUACUUGUGAAAUAUUUGGAUAGCUCUGCCAUAAGGGUUAUUGAGGGGGCUGUUGCUGAAACGUCUGCCUUGCUGGAGCAAAAGUGGGAAAAAAUAUUUUAUACAGGCAAUGGAAGAGUGGCACGUAUUGUGAUGGCUGCUGCUGCAAAGCACCUGACACCGGUUGUUUUGGAACUUGGGGGAAAAUCUCCUGUUGUCAUUGAUGCAGGCAUCAAUUUACAGGUUGCAACUAGGCGGAUAAUUGCAGGAAAGUGGGGGUGUAACAAUGGACAAGCGUGCGUUUCUCCUGAUUACAUUAUAACAACGAAAGAUUAUGCUCCAGAACUGGUAAUGUUGAGUGCCAUUAAAGUUUCAUUCCAAUUCUUUUUGGCUUUUCAUUUUCUCCCAUGUUGUUGUUCUUUUAGUUGUUUUUUUAAUUGUUUUGUUCUCAUCCAGGUGGAUACACUGAAAAACGAACUAGAGAGAUUUUAUGGAAAGACUCCAUUGGAAUCAAAAGACUUGUCCCGAAUUGUGAAUUCUAACCAUUUUACUCGUUUGACUAAGCUACUGGAUGAGGAUAAGGUUUCUGGUAAUAUUGUCCAUGGAGGUGAAAGAGACAAAGAAAGCCUGAAAAUUGCUCCCACCAUCUUGCUGGAUGUCCCACAAGACUCUCUGAUAAUGAAUGAGGAGAUAUUUGGUCCGUUGCUUCCUAUUAUAUUGGUGAACAAAAUCGAAGAGAGUUUUGAUUUGAUAAACUCAGGAACAAAGCCACUUGCAGCUUAUUUAUUCUCCAAUAAAAAGAAACUCAAGGAACAGUUCGUGAUGUCUGUCUCUGCAGGGGGUCUAGUCAUCAAUGACACUACUGUGCAUCUUGCUGUUGAUACUUUACCAUUUGGAGGUGUUGGGGAGAGUGGAAUGGGUUCAUACCAUGGAAAGUUUUCUUUUGAUGCUUUUAGCCAUAAGAAGGCAGUACUAUAUCGAAGUUUCAUUGGUGAUGCAGCCAUAAGGUAUCCACCAUAUACCACAGAGAAGGUAAGAUUGAUGAAGGCCUUAAUCGGUGGUGGCAUAUGGAACAUUAUCCAAGCUUUGCUUGGCUGGGGCAAGGCUUGAGAAGAAUAUGUGGUUGUUCGUGUAAGUUUAAGAUACUCGACCCUUGUAAAUUGUUGUUCUUGUACAAUUUAAAUUGGAUUAAGAUUGAUGGGUUGCAACAACGGAAAUGGAAUGUUGCAUAAGUA